AUGUAUAGUCAUCAUCCCUUUUUCUUCUCCCAGUUCUUCUGUACAGUCUUCGCUGACAUCUCGGCUCGGGUUUUGACCACGGCCAGCACGGAUGACCAGCCCGCCCUGUCCCCGCGCCACUACCAGCACACCGACCCGGACUCCGGCGCCCAGCUGCUGUGCGACAAGUGCCCCGCCGGCACCUACGUCCACGCCCACUGCUCGCCGACCGCCAUGCGGGAGUGCGGCCCCUGCCCGGCGGAGACCUUCACGCGCCGCGAGAACGGCGUCCAGCAGUGCCACCGCUGUCGGCCCCCGUGCGCCGCCGGCCUGGUUGAGAAAGCGCCCUGCACCGCCACCCAGGACCGCCUGUGCGCCUGCCCGCCCGACGCCUACCGGUCAGGGGCCGGAGGCGGGCAGUGCAAGCCCCACUCCCCGUGUCCGCCGGGCACCAGGGUGAAAAAGCGGGGCAGCCAAACGGAGGACGCGGUCUGUAAGCCAUGCACGAAAGGCACUUUCUCAGAAAAGGCGUCCAGUAACGUGAGGUGCCGAAACCACACGAACUGCCAGGACCUGGGGCUGGUGUUGCUUAUACCAGGGACAAGAGAGAAAGAUAAUGUCUGCGGUCUCUCUUCUGCCACACCAGUCUCUCAACUGGACCCUGUAGAGGCAGUGCUUGCUCAAGAAUCCUUGAUUUCCUCGACCUCCUCAUCACUGGGUGGAUCUGUAUUCAAAGGUCCCUUCAGCCAGUCGGCAACCACUCAAAUGAGGGAAAUCACGGGUGGCGAAGACCACAGGGCGAUGUUUAGUCACGCAGACGUCUCGAAUCCAAAUCCAGACCCCCCAUGGACUCAACUGCCCCCGGCUCCCGGGCAACCCGCGGAUCAAGAGCAACAUCUGGAGCAGCCUGAUUCCGAGACCGUUCCAGGGGUCGGCAACCAAGCUGCAGACCUGGAGGCUGCAGAGGUGGUCAGGGUGGGAACGGGUAUCACCAAGGUAGCCGGCCAGGGGAGCGCGGCGGGCGUCUCCUGCUUCUACCGGCCGACUCGCCGAGGUUCCCCCAGGCUAAGCACCCACGACCGCUUCGACAUCAACGAGCACCUGCCCUGGAUGAUCGUCCUGCUGCUCCUGCUGGUGCUGGUGGUCAUCGUGGUGUGCAGUGUGAAGAGGAGCUCGCGGGUCCUGAAGAAGGGCCCGGUGCAGGACCCCAGCAGCAUCGUGGAGAAGGCCAUCCAGAAGAAACCACCCGCUCCUCCAACUCAAGUCCGAGAGAAGUGGAUUUACUACUCCAAUGGACAAGGUUAA